AUGGUACGACAUGCACUCCGUCUUCUGCAUCCAAAUGAGUCACUAAUCAGAAUCAGGGCCGUCGCACUCAAGGCUGUGUCGCUGGCAUUCGCCGUUGUCGCUUACCUCAUACUCCUGCUUACAAUGGUAUCCAAACAUGAUCCGGUGAAGGGAUUCAUCGUGACAGUCCUGUGCUGGUGCUCCUCUGCGGCAACCCUACUUGCUGUCAUCGGUGUUAUAGCUAGGGAAUAUGCAGAAGUGAACCCUCAACAGACAUUACGGUAUACGCAAAACUACUUCUAUGGCACAUUUGCUGCAGGGCUCUAUAUACUGGUUGCUGUGUUGCUGGCAAUCCACACAUGCAGCGUCCGCUCGGUGCAUCUGACCCACGACGAAAGGCGAACAGCCCGCUCGGUGCAUCUGACCCACGACGAAAGGCGAACAGUCGAAUGUACGAGCAUUAUCCUGCGAGUGGGGGCUUUCUCUGUCUUUCUGCUCGCGGGGGCUGCUGUCUACGCGACUAUUGAGGGUUGGACGUUUAUGGACGCAUUAUACUGGGCAGACUACACACUUUUGACAAUCGGCAUCGGAAAUAUCGCCCCAAAGACUCACCUUGGACGAAGCUUGUUAUUUCCUUAUGUCUCUGCGGGAAUCUUGAACACCGGUCUGGUUAUCACGUCAAUAACAUCAUUUACCGAGAAUAUUCGAGAACUAAGCAUCAGAUUCAAGAUGGAGGAAGUUCACAGCGGCAUUCAAGGGCGCCGACCGGUCGACAAGUGUUCUAGCAACAGUCACAGUGACAGGGAGAAGCAAGCACGGGAAACGCCAGCUGGAUCUCCGUAUCCAAACAAGGAUGACCUUAUAAAGCUGCAGCGCAUCAAGCGUGACUUCUAUAGAAGGCAUCGAUGGAUGACUUUGAUUUUCUCGGGAGUCGCAUUGUUCUUCCUCUGGCUAGUCAGUGCUGCCAUCUUCCGUCGCUCAGAGAGAAGCCAGAAAUGGACUUAUUUCCAGGCCCUCUAUUUCACAUACAUCUCUCUGACAACCAUCGGUUACGGAGAUCUAUACCCCACCAGCAAUUUUGGAAAAACAUUUUUCGUGUUCUGGUCCCUUCUGGCUGUCCCUGUGUUGACUAAUCUUAUUGCUGCCAUGGGGCAAUUGGGUUUUGAGAAGUUGACUUAUUUGUUGCGCUAUCUUUGGAGACUAACAUCUCCAAGACUGGGCAGGAUGAAUCUCGAUUCUCAGAGAGGGGGAACGAGAAAUAAAUCAGUCCAAGGCCCAAACCUGGUUAUUGCCAGCAAUAGUCAUUCCCCAAACCUCACAAAUGCCGGACAACUAUCCAACAAUAUACCAGGCAGCUCAGCAUAUGAAAAGAACGGAGGUGGUGCAUCACUCAUCCAAGCCGCUCAGCGCUCCCUUUUGCUCGGCGUGGAAAUUGGCAAGCUCAUAUCUACCCUUCAAGGUUCAGCUACCACCCAGAUUGAUCUGGGGAGUGAGUGGGAUAGGAUCCUUCCACUGCUGAAUCCGGAGGACGAUGGGUAUGGCUUGUUGGAAACUACUUCACCUACAACCAUAUGCAGCCGUGGAGGAACUGUCCUGGAGAUUCUAGACUCUGACAUGCCAGCAACAGACAAGAACAAAGAAAUUCUGUGGAUGCUAAAGUUCUUGACGGAGAAGGUGUGCUCUAACUUACAAGAAGGCUUGCAGACAGAGGAAAGUAAAAGAUUAGGCGCAUUAUCUUAA